AAUGCGUUAUCCUAUGACAAAUAAACACUCGUCUCCAUCAGGUUCACCACGGAAGAGGUUAUUUUCAGCAAAAAGAGUGGGAAGUAAGGAAUAACAAUAACAAUAACAGAAAUGCAAAGCUAUUGCUUCUAUAAAAACUGGAUCAUCAAUAGAAACAUUAAAAGAAGUUUUAAUGAAACAAACACAAAUGAGUAAUAAGCAUACAAACAACUUGAAUUAUUUUGUACAUAAUAACAAAAGAGAAAGUUAAAAUAAAUUAGAUACAAAAACAAGUGAUUCAACAGAAAGAGUAAAUAUACGAUAAGGUACAUUGUCUAAAGAAAAAACUACAAUUUCAGAAUUAACAACAAAAAAAACUAGUAUAACUAAAAGUGAAUUUGAAUGGAAUAAAUGUUAAUUGCCACUGACACCCUAAUUUUGUUUAGCAAAGUAUGGAUAUGCAUUAACAGAGUUUGAAAAGACUGAAAUUCUGACUUUUAAGAGAGUAUGAUUUGUUAUGUAUGAUUAGAUUUAUUGUAUAGGAAUUAAUGCCAAAAAAAUAUAAUAAUCAUAAAGUAAUUACAAUGAUGGAUUUGACAAUGCCUAAGGAGAAUAUUUAUAUGCAUUGCAUGAUCACAUUGGUUAUAGAUAUGAAUUGUUAGAACAUGUAGGUUCUGGUAGUUUUGGACAAGCAUUUAAAGUCUUUGAUCAUAAGAGACAAUAAGUCCUUUGUUUAAAAGUCAUUAGAAAUCAAAAGAAAUUUUAAAAUUAGGCUCUAGUUGAAUUAAAUAUAUUAUCUUUUAUUAGAGAUAAGGAUGAAGAAAAUAUUACAAACAUAGUCAAAAUCAAAGACUUUGUUAUCUUUAGAAAUCAUGUGGUAAGAAUUAUUAUUUUAUAUUUAUAGUGUAUUAUUUGUGAACUCUUGUCUCUGAAUCUAUAUGAAUUGAUUAAAAAUAAUAAUUAUCAAGGAUUAUCAUUAGAACUUAUUCGUAGAUUUGCCAUUUAAAUACUCAAUGCUCUCAACUUUUUAUACAAACAUAAAAUUAUACAUUGUGAUCUUAAACCAGAAAAUAUUCUUUUGAAAUAACCCAAUAAAAGUGGCAUUAAAAUUAUUGAUUUUGGUAGUAGUUGCUUUGAAAAUGAAAGAAUUUAUAGUUACAUCUAAUCCAGAUAUUAUAGAGCACCUGAAGUUAUAUUUGGAAUUCCAUAUGACAUGGGAAUAGAUAUGUGGAGUUUUGGAUGUAUUAUGGCUGAAUUGUAUAUUGGUUAUCCUAUUUUUCCUGGUGAGAAUGAAUAAGAAUAAAUUGCUUAUAUAAUGGAAAUUAAGGGAAUCCCUGAUCAAUCCUUAAUUGAAGUAUCAUAUAAUAUAAAUUAUUUCAUAGAAAGCUACAAGAAAGAAACACUUUUUCACUUCAAGUACUCCUUAUUAACCAUUACCUUAUAAAAAUAAAAGAGGUAAAGUAAGAGUUCCUAAAUCAAAAGACUUAUAAUAAAUAUUGAAAUGUUAGGAUAAAUUAUUUAUAGACUUUUUAGAUAAUUGUUUUAAUUGGGAUCCUUAAAAAAGAAUGAAACCAAUUGAUGCUUUAAUGCAUUAAUGGAUUUUGGAGGGAUUACCAAAAGAAAUUAGAACAUAACAUAUUAAAUAUUUAGAAUCAGAACAAAUGACUUAAAAAGUAUUCUUCAAAAAUACUGAAACUAAAAGAUAACAUCAUAUCUCUGAACCAGAAAUGGAAAAAAAGAAAUCAAGUAGUAGUUAUAGUUAAAAAAAAUCAAAGGAAAAAGAUAUUAAUCUGACUCUUUAUGGUAAUAUUAAUAAUGACACUACCCCAUAAAAUAAACGUAUUCUAUCAUAAUCAUUUCAUACAUCUAAAAAUGGAAGCAAUUAAAAAUAUCAACAAUAUUUUCCUGGCACAACCAAAAAUUAACCAUUAAAAUAUAAAUUUUAUUGA